AUGGCGGAGAAAACCGAGAGACCCGUUCAGGCAGCAGGAGAUGAGCCAUCGGCUGAACGGGGCGAUACGCAAUUGCUCGCAACCUUGGGCUACAAGCAGGAGCUGCGACGGCAUUAUUCCACAGUCCAGGUCUUCGCCAUUGCUUUUAGUAUUAUGGGCCUGCUGCCCUCGAUCGCUUCCACUCUUUCGUUCUCUAUUCCUGCAGGUCCAGCUGGCAUGGUUUGGGGUCAGGUUUUUCGCUGGCUAGCUGCGAGUGUGUUCAUUUUCAUUGUUGGGCUUGCUAUGGCCGACCUAGCAUCUGCAAUGCCAACCGCCGGCGGUCUCUACUUCUGGGCGCAGUAUUUCAGCGGCGAGAAAUGGAAGAAUCCACUGAGUUUUGUUGUAGGGUAUAGCAACACCAUCGGGCUUAUCGGGGGCGUUUGCUCUAUUGAUUAUGGUUUUGCCACUAUGUUGCUUGCAAUAAUCUCUGUUGCGCGUGGUGGUAGCUGGACUGCUUCUCGGCCUGUCCUCUACGGGACCUAUGCAGGUUGUGUAGUUGUUCAUGGCCUGAUCGCCACGUUCUUCGCAAGAGUCAUGCCAAAGAUCCAGUCCCUGUGCAUCCUAACCAAUGUCGGUCUUGUCAUGGCAACUGUCCUUGCACUACCUAUCGGCAAGGUAGUCAACGGUGGGACGAUAAACUCGGGUUCAUACGUCUUCGGGCAAUUGGAAGACCAUACAACUUGGCCAAGCGGGUGGGCGUUUAUGCUCGCUUGGCUCUCGCCUAUAUGGACUAUUGGGGCGUUUGAAUCUUGUGUCCAUAUGAGUGAGGAGGCUACUAAUGCUGCGCGGGCGGUUCCAUUGGGUGUCCUGUGGUCGAGCGGGUUGUGUGGCAUUUUGGGUUUCCUUUCUCUCGCCAUCAUAGCGGCUGUUAUCAAUAAGGAUUUAGAGGCAGUCAUGAACACGAAAUUCGGUCAACCGAUGGCUCAAAUCUACUAUGACUGCCUCGGCAAACCCGGUGCCCUAGGUUUCAUGGCCGCAUUAGCGGCUGUCCAAUUCUUCAUGGGCCUGAGCCUGGUUCUCAGCGCUUCCCGCCAAAGUUGGGCCUUCUCCAGAGACGGAGCUCUCCCAUUUUUCUCCUUCUUCCGCCACGUCAGUAAACGAGUGCCCUACCAACCAGUACGCAUGAUCUGGGGUGUCGUCACCACCGCAGCCGUAAUUGGCCUCCUCUCUAUCAUCAAUACGGCAGCCGCGAACGCACUCUUCUCCCUUACAGUAGCAGGUAACGAUCUAGCCUGGAUAAUACCCAUUUUCUGCCGUUUAGUCUGGGGCCGGGACCGCUUCGUGCCUGGUGUGAUCUAUACAGGGAGGUUUAGCAAACCGAUUGCCGUAACGGCUGUGCUUUAUUUGGCAUUCGCUAUCGUUCUCAGCAUGUUUCCUACUUUAGGCCCGGAUCCCAGUCCUGAUGAUAUGAACUACACUGUUAUAAUCAGUGGCACGCUUUGGGGUGGCGCAUUGCUAUAUUAUCUUAUGUAUGCGGGCAAGGUAUACAAGGGGCCACUGACGACGGUGCAGUCUUCGUCAUCUACGCCGUCUGAAAUAAACCUCAUGGCUACGGGAGUGGAUUCGGAGAAGAUGGGAAUGUAG